CCAGAAACACAAAAUGGAGAUCGACCCUUGUUCGAAGGAGACUACUUUCUCUGCCUCCUUCCCUCAAAAAUACGAAAACAAGUUGCAGGACGCAUGGUCGGUGGUCGAGUCAUCUUUAGAAUUCUAUGGCAUUGCAUGCGCUUUGAAUCUGGCUGAGCGCUCUGUGACAAUCUCAACAACCACAAGCACUAAGGGCCGGAAUUAUUUUAUCAAGGCUACGCGACUUGUUGAACUUUUGACAACAACUCAUGUUCCACCACAUAUGGCAAUAGAAACACUACACGGUAAUCAGAAACAUAUCCUUAUCAAGAUUGGGAAUCAAGAAGGUGGACUUUGCUCAAAAUUUGGGAUAAAAAAGGAACGCUUUAUAAAACAAUGGAAAACUCUCGCCUGCUCCCGAAGGCAGUUGCAGCACGGACGGAGUGCAAUCUUUUUCUUAAUGAAAACAAUCUUGCUGCAGUGGGUUCAGUUCUAGCAGCGGUCAGGAUGGUUGUUGUUAAAUGCAUUGUCAACGACAAGAAUCCAGAAACUAGUAUGAAGAGGUUGAUAAGACAACCCUCACACAAAUAUAGGGCUGUUGAACUUCAACAACCAGAUGUUGAUGACAUUGAAAUGGAGAAGUGUGGCCCAUCCUUGGAUUUUGGCAUGCAACUAACCACUUACUGUUCACCCAUCUUAAAAGGCUGAGAAAAAGAGGUGCAAGAA